UACAGAGCGGAGUUGCAAACUCUCAGGCAAAGUUGUGCAGCCCGGGGAAGUGUAUGUUCUGCUCUCUGGGACCAGCCGGGAUUUCUCUGAGUCAGGGGCCCAACUAGUGGGAGUGUCAACCUUCACUUCAGCACCACUGGGUCUCCCACAUCCACUGGGUCCCAUAUCGACCCUCCAGUGUCCGGGAGCCGCCGGGGUGUCAGUGGCUUCAGCUCCGGUCCCAGCGAGUUACAGAUCAGGCGGGAGGAGCGACCCUGUAUGAGCAGCGGCCCAGGCGCUACAGGAGCAGAUCUUUGUUGCGCUGUUUUGUCCCCGGGGGUCGGGGGCAGAGAUGUUCUCCACUGGACUGACCCAGUUCUACGCCUCUCCCCACCUCAACCUGUGGCCCUCCUCGUACUGCGGAGCCGCGAGUGGGGCUGUGGGAUUCUCAGCGCUGGACAAGAAACCCUCCUUCUGUAUCGCUGAUAUUUUACACUCCGGCGACCCCGAGAGCCCUCCCUGCUCCUCAGCCCUGACUGCGGCUUCAGUGGGGAUCCUCCACCCGACCCAAUACCAGUCUGCCUCCCCGCUCCGACCCACCCCGGUCACCCCCGACUCCAGCUUCCACCACCGCUUGUCCCCUCUGACAGCCUACCAACCGCACCGGGCGGUGAGUCUCUGUAGCAACCACUCCAGCAGAGCGAGAAUGCACGGGAGCAGCCAGCCUGCGCCUUCCAGCAAAGACCUCAAGUUCGGCAUCGACAGGAUCUUAUCUGCUGAGUUUGACCCCAAAGUGAAAGAAGGGAACACGCUGAGAGAUCUAACCUCGUUAAUCAGUACGGGCCAACAGUCAGGGCUCCCGGGCCACCAUAUACAGUCGCCAGCUGGCCACUUCUUCGCGCCCCUAGAGCCCCUGGGCGAAGCCUCGUCCCUCCUGGGCCAGUUAAGGAGCUCAGCGCAGCAGCAGCAGUUUCAGGACACUUUUCCAGGACCUUACGCGGUGCUGACCAAGGACACGAUGCCUCAGACCUAUAAAAGAAAACGCUCCUGGUCGCGGGCGGUUUUUUCUAACCUGCAGAGAAAGGGCCUGGAGAAGCGAUUCGAGGUGCAGAAAUACGUUACAAAGCCCGACAGAAAGCAGCUGGCAGCCAUGCUGGGCCUCACUGAUGCACAGGUGAAAGUCUGGUUUCAGAACAGGCGCAUGAAGUGGAGACACUCUAAGGAGGCCCAAGCACAGAAGGACAAGGAAAAGGAGGAGGCAGAGAAGCCUGAGGCCCCCUGCUCAGAGGAAAUAAAUAUGGACAGAAUCAGCAGCCCCUACAGAUCAGAAGGGGAGAGCGAGAGCAGUGACUGUGAGUCCCUGGACAUGAUGCCCAGUGAUAAUGAAAGGACUGAAACCCCCAGCGAACCACAGCCCACCAGUGUCAUCAAGUCCUCCCCACAGCACUGUGCCCCACUCACAGAAGCACCCACUCCACAGAGCCCCCCAUUACAAUAAUUCUGGCUACCCUGGAGACUGGAAGAUGGAAGUGACUCAUUAAUUUAUCUUUGACUUUUGUGGGAGACCCCAGUGGUGGACAAGCUGAGGAGAGUAUGGCUGUGCCAAGCUGGUACCACUGCUUUAUCCCUUACCUGCCAUUAAAGAUCUGGUGUUUGGACUUCCAAUCGCAGAAGGUGAGAGGGGGACUGAAAGUUGUUUCUUACUGAUGGAUUAUUAUCUCUGCAUGGGUGGGGCUGUGCCUUACCCUCUUGUCUACAUUAUAAAGAACUGACUGGCUGAAAAUCACCCAAACUGCACCUCAUUUACCAAAUGUAAGUGACCCUAGGUGUGUGCAUAAGAAUGAGUGGGGAUAAGAGGGUGUCAGCACUCGAGGAUCUGAGGAGACUGGGACCAUCUGUUUAAAGGGUGUGUAAGUGUUUGCUAUUGGUGCUGUCUGCAUUCUGAUCCCUCCUUGCAGUGUUCUUUUUUUUUGUACUUAAAGGGCAAGUCACACAGAAAUUAAAAAUAUUAAUUAUUAUUAUAGUUGCCUUUUCCUUGCCGCAAAACUCCUAUUCCAUUUUAGAAAAGUUUUCACCCUAUAUGUGCACAGAAAGCCAUGGAUGACAAAUGUCGCCUACUUAUCAGCACUUAAACACUGAAAACCAUUGUAUUCUAAAUGGCUAUAACCUGCUGUGCAAAGUGGCCUAUUUGCUAAGUUAUAUAAACUAUAUUCCAUCUUCUGUCAGAAAAACAGUGUUUAUAUGAAUUCAGUCGCACUAAAACACUGCAAUGGAUUUAAGCAUAAAUUAAGCCAUUUACAUUUUUUUUGGUGCUACUGACCCUUUAAUAGUGUGGGUUUCAAACUAAAAAAAAUUCUAGGCCCAAUGAAAUCACCCUGACUGUGGGAAAAGGCAUUCUUAAGUAGAUAGAAGUGGAUUAUAAAUUAUAGGAGACAAUUGGAUCUAAUUCUUGUAAACCAUAGCAACCAAUCAACAGGCAGCAUUAACUGAUCACCUGUUUGAAAGCAAGAAAAAAAGGAGCCUUUCUUUUGAAGCUGUAUUCUGAACCAAAAAAAGGCAAAAAAGUAUAAUAUUUUGCUCAGGAGAUGUUGGACUUUGCACUUUGCCCUAAGGCUAAGGCCACACUAGGCGAUAGCGCCGCGAUUUGACUCGCGGCGACUUUUAAGCCGCAAUUGCUGGGGAAACUUUUG